UUGAUCUUUCUGUUUUUGCAACAAGAAAAACCAAAAGACAAAAGACCAAAAAAACAACAAAUGAUUUGGCUUUGUAAUUCUUCAUAAGUUUUUUUGUUGACUUAUUUUUUCCCUUGAAUCAAUGUGCUCCACAUGGACUUGGAAUGACUUCAAUGGUUCACAAUGUGCGUCCCACCUUUCCCUGUGGCUUUGCUGUUAUAGCCGUACUGACGGUGUUGGUGGUUGUUGUUGCUGUUGCUUCUUUGUUUUGGACCUGGAAGCCUCCAUAGGGACAUACUCAAACGUGAUUCAAAUGUUUAUACAGAAUGUUCUUAAGACACAAGAUCUAAAUUUGAUUCAUCUGUUUGAUGGCGUCGUCGACUCUGAGGUACGUGAUAUUGCACUUCUGGUCAGCUGGGUUGGUCUGUGGUGAGGUGGUCCUGGUUUCUCAUGUGUCUCUUGGUCGUGAGUCUCGUGACCUAACGGGCCUCUAUGAGGGGGAACUGCACCCCUGGAAGGAUCAGCCCUGUCGCCCAUCAGAACCCCUGAGUCCCCCCUCCCUCCUCCUCCUCCUCCUUCACCUGGGACUUUCCCAGAAGUCACCCCUGACCCCUAGGAAUCCCUCUAAAGCUACAAGAGAUCAGAGUUAUCAACAGAACACAGUGAGAGUUCAACAGAUUGUUAAAAAACACUGAGCAUUUAACAUAAUGAAGGGAACGGAAAAGCUGUAGAAUACAUUACAGGUCUGUUUAUGAUGAUAUGUCAAAGCUUCCUCUUUGAAUGGCAUAUGUCUUUUUUACAAGUUUGUUUGUUUGUUUGUUCCUCAAUCUAUGGUUGGAAUAUUGUGUUCAUUCCACUCUGUGUGGGAAGGAAUCUUCUGGGACAAAACAUAUCAAAUAAAUGCACCGUCAAAUAAAUCCACAAGAAAAGCCUGUUAUUUUUUCCAUCAAGUAGCUUUCAUUCAGAGAUAAAUAGAAUGAAUCUGUAUUCAUUUGGCCCUACGGCAAACAUGUCAACAGACUCACAGCUUUAAGGCCGCUAGUAAGUCUGUUACUAUACAGUCUGGCUGUGCUCUUCCACAGACCUGACUUGAGGAUUUUUUACCCCAACCAGGCCUCUGCUCCUGGGCUGUGCUGUGGGUCUAUGUGGACUAGUCCUCCACGGUCCUCCUGGUCAAAGUUGGCGCCCAAUGUGGGGUAGACCACAUCACAGGCAAGGGAAUGUACCUAGUGGCAUCUCUGUCAUUCAUCAACAGACAUGAAUCAAAGUUUCUUUGUUUUGGCCUUAAAUUCCUCUCUAUCAAUGUCAUUUUAUCUAUAAUCUCUCUUCCAUUAUUUUCAUCAAGUGUGAAGGAACAGAUCACUGUUGAGGGAAUAGAUUACAUAAAGAGCCCCAUCAGUCUCAACAUAUGCAGUACACACGUCUCUCAACCGAGACUGGGCUGGGUCAGCGGUGGAGACUGGGCUGGGUCAGAGGUGGAGACUGGGCUGGGUCAGAGGUGGAGACUGGGCUGGGCCGGAGAUGGAGACUGGGCUGGGUCAGAGGUGGAGACUGGGCUGGGUCAGAGGUGGACACUGGGCUGGGUCAGAGGUGGAGACUGGGCUGAGUCAGAGGUGGAGACUGGGCUGGGUCAGCGGUGGAGACUGGGCUGGGUCAGAGGUGGAGACUGGGCUGGGCCGGAGAUGGAGACUGGGCUGGGCCGGAGAUGGAGACUGUGCUGGGUCAGAGGUGGAGACUGGGCUGGGCCGGAGAUGGAGACUGGGCUGGGUCAGAGGUGGAGACUGGGCUGGGCCGGAGAUGGAGACUGGGCUGGGUCAGAGGUGGAGACUGGGCUUGGCCGGAGAUGGAGACUGGGCUGGGUCAGAGGUGGAGACUGGGCUGGGCCGGAGAUGGAGACUGGGCUGGGUCAGAGGUGGAGACUUGGCUGGGCCGGAGAUGGAGAUUGGGCUGGGUCAGAGGUGGAGACUGGGCUGGGCCAGAGGUGGAGACUGGGCUGGGCCAGAGGUGGAGACUGGGCUGGGUCAGCGGUGGAGACUGGGCUGGGCCGGAGAUGGAGACUGGGCUGGGUCAGAGGUGGUGACUGGGCUGAGUCAGAGGUGGAGACUGGGCUGGGUCAGAGGUGGAGACUGGGUUGGGCCAGAGGUGGAGACUGGGCUGGGCCAGAGGUGGAGACUGGGUUGGGUCAGAGGUGGAGACUGGGCUGGGUCAGCAGUGGAGACUGGGCUGAGUCAGAGGUGGAGACUGGGCUGGGUCAGAGGUGGAGACUGGGUUGGGCCAGAGGUGGAGACUGGGCUGGGCCAGAGGUGGAGACUGGGUUGGGUCAGAGGUGGAGACUGGGCUGGGCCGGAGAUGGAGACUGGGCUGGGCUGGAGAUGGAGACUGGGCUGGGUCAGAGGUGGAGACUGGGUUGGGUCAGAGGUGGAGACUGGGCUGGGUCAGAGGUGGAGACUGGGAGGGCCAGAGGUGGAGACUGGGUUGGGCCAGAGGUGGAGACUGGGUUGGGUCAGAGGUGGAGACUGGGCUGGGUCAGAGGUGGAGACUGGGUUGGGCCAGAGGUGGAGACUGGGUUGGGUCAGAGGUGGAGACUGGGUUGGGUCAGAGGUGGAGACUGGGCUGGGUCAGAGGUGGAGACUGGGUUGGGCCAGAGGUGGAGACUGGGUUGGGUCAGAGGUGGAGACUGGGUUGGGUCAGAGGUGGAGACUGGGCUGGGUCAGAGGUGGAGACUGGGUUGGGCCAGAGGUGGAGACUGGGCUGGGUCAGAGGUGGAGGUGGUGGGUGGUCACUUAG